UGAACUCUGAACUCCCUGUGGCAGUAUAACUACUUUCCCUUACCCUUUCUACUCCUGCUCUUCCUACAUUGCCCUUUAUAAUAUACAAAAAAGCUUGGAGUUGGAGUCUUCUUCAUUGUUUUUCACUUUUUUUCUCAUCGUAUCCCAGUUUUGGUUUGAUUCAAGAAGGAACAGUUGCCAUGUGGUGAAUUCAGAUGUCAGCACAUGGCUUCUUCCCAAAUAUCCAUGCACCCCUUAAACCCCACUACUUUCUACUGUCACCCAAUGCAGAGAGAGAUACCAGCUGUUUUGGAUUUCCUAGGAAAAUCCCCCUUCCACGUUUCCUUUUUUUUUUAUAUGUCCAAUCCCAUGCAUAAACAACAAGCAACAAGGAAUUGUAGGACAUCUCAGCUAAUCUCAUAUUGAUUAAUCUGGGGUUAUGAUAUCACUUUGCUCACCAUUUCACAGACUCACACUUCCCAAGCUUCAUCCAAAA